AUGAAUAAACUAAUUGAAUGCAUCUCAUACAAUCAACCAAAAUUUUGUGCAAAUGCAACAUGGAAUUCUACGGCUAUAACUUUUGCCACCAACGCUACAGUUGGCGCAAAUCCUUAUGGUAUUUUUGUCAAUACGAACAACGCUGUCUAUGUGGCUGAUCGGACGAAUAAUCGCGUACAAGCUUGGUUAAACGGCAGCACAACACCGACAAGAACUAUUUCGGGUAAUUUAGCCUAUCCUGCUAGUGUUGUUGCCACAGAUAAUGGUGAUGUAUAUGUCGAUAAUGGCUAUUCAAAUUAUGAAGUUGACAAAUGGAUGUUAAAUUCAACAAGUAGUGUUGCAGUGAUGUAUAUGUGCGGAGCAUGUUAUAGUCUUUUUAUUGAUAUUACUAAUACGCUUUACUGCUCAAUGUAUGCUUCUCAUAAAGUUAUCUCACAAUCAUUAAGUACACGUUUACCCAUCUGGAAUACUGUUGCUGGAACGGGAAGCUAUGGAUCAACAUCAUUGACACUUGAUAAUCCUCGUGGAAUCUUUGUUGAUACAAAUCUCAAUUUAUAUGUAGCUGAUAGUGUUAAUAACAGGAUUCAAAAAUUUGCAUCGAGGCAAAUAAAUGGAACAACAGUACCAACAGGCACUGUUACACUUUCUCAUCCAACUGGAGUUAAUCUUGAUGCUGAUGGAUAUCUUUUUAUUGUUGACAGUUAUAAUUGUCGUAUUAUUGGUUCAGGACCUAAUGGAUUUCGAUGUAUAGCAGCAUGUUCUGGAACAUAUGGUUCAACAGCUACCACAUUAUAUUUUCCAUCAAGUCUUAGUUUUGAUAGUUAUGGAAAUAUAUUUGUUACUGAUACGUCCAACAAUCGCGUUCAAAAGUUUUUAUUAAUAACAAAUGGAUGCAAUGGAACGACAACAAUGACAACUGUAACAUCAAUGAAUAGUACUCAAUCAGUUCCUUUAUUAACAUCUACGUAUGCAACAAAUUCUACAAAUGCAUCUUCUGCGACAGGUCUUUCAUACAACCGGCCAACAUUCAGCGCUUAUGCUACUUGGAGUGCUAAUGGAGUGACUGUUUUCGACAGCGGUUCCGGAUUUCUAUACGAUAUAUUUAUUGAUACUAACAAUACUCUUUAUUUAAGUGAAUGGUCUCAAUCUAUUAUUCUGGUUUUCCUUGAAGGUAGUACCAUACCUAUGAGGAAUAUUAGUGGUGGUUUAUACUUACCAUAUACUCUAUUCGUUACAGUUAAUAGUGAUGUUUAUGUUGAUAAUGGUUAUUCAAAUAGUCAAGUCGAUAAAUGGACAGUAAAUUCAACGAUUGGUGUUUCAGUAAUGAAUGUCAAAGGCGGAUGUUGGGGUCUUUUUAUUGAUAUUUAUAAUAAUAUUUACUGUUCUAUAUCUAUAUAUCAUCAAGUUGUCACAAAAUCAUUAAAUAGUAAUUCAAAUAUGUGGAUAGUUGCUGCUGGUAUAGAUUGUGCAGGAUCAACAUCCAAUGCACUUUAUUAUCCUCGUGGUAUCUAUGUUGAUACAGAUUUAAGUUUAUAUGUUGCUGAUUAUACUAACAAUAGAAUACAAUUAUUUUCAUUAAAUCAAUUAAAUGGUAUUACAAUAGUUGGUACCGGAGCACCAUCAACUAUUAAUCUCUCUGGUCCUAGUGGUGUUACUCUUGAUGCUGAUGGUUAUCUAUUUAUUACGGAUACUUCCAAUCAACGUAUUAUUGGUUCAGGACCAAAUGGAUAUCGUUGUCUAGUAGGAUGUACAGAAGUUCUCGGUUCAGCAUCUAAUCAAUUUUAUUAUCCAACUGCUCUAUCUUUUGAUACUCAUGGAAAUAUGUUUAUUGCUGACGAUUGGAAUCAUCGAGUUCAAAAAUUUUAUUUAACAACCAAUGUUUAUAAUACAACUACCAAUCAACCAAACUUAUGUUCAUCUGCAACUUGGUAUACAAAUGCAACUACAUUCGCCAAUAGUAGUACUAUUGGAAUAAAUUCAACUGGUGUUUUUGUUAGUGUUAAUAAUACUAUAUAUGUAGUUAAUCAACAAACCAAUCAGGUUCUAGUAUAUUUCGAAGGAAGUAUCAAUCCUGAUAGAAUUCUUUCUGGUAGUUUGAAUACACCAUAUGAUCUUUUCGCUACUCCUCUAGGUGAUAUAUAUGUUGAUAAUGGUUUAAACAAUAACAGCCGAGUUGAUAAAUUUUCAUUAAACUCAAAUAUAAGUACUUCUGUAAUGUCAGUUCCGUAUGCAUGUUAUGGUAUUUUUGUUGAUAUUAGUAAUACUCUUUAUUGUUCAACAUUUUCGUCUCAUCAAGUUGUUAAGAAAUGGUUGAAUGAUAAUGUACUUACAUCAACUAUUGUUGCUGGCAACGGCACAGCGGGAUCAACAGCAACCAGACUUAAUAAACCUAUUGGAAUUUUUGUCGAUGCUCAAAUUAAUUUAUAUGUUGCAGAUUCUCUUAAUAAUAGGGUGCAAGUAUUUGCUGUUGGACAAUCUACUGGGACAACCGUAGCAGGAGCUAGUGCGCCAGGAACUAUUACACUUAAUAAUCCAUAUGGUAUUGCAUUAGAUGCUAAUGGAUAUCUUUUUAUUGCGGAUUGUUAUAAUCAUCGAAUAGUUGGAUCAGGACCAAAUGGUUUUCGAUGUUUAUUUGGAUGUGCAACAAUACCUGGUUCUACAUCAAGUCAAUUAAAUUAUCCAACAUCUUUAAGCUUCGAUAGUUAUGGAAAUCUAUAUGUUGCUGAUAGAAGUAACAAUCGACAAUACCGACCACCACCAGCACUACUACUACCACAAGCAGCAGCAGUACCACAACUAGCACUACUACUACUACCACUACCAGCACCACAAGUAGUAGCACUACUACUACUACUACCACCAGCAGUACUACAAGCAGUAGCACUACUAGUACUACCACCAGUACCACAAGUAGCACUACUACCACCACAAGUACUACAACAAGUAGCAGCAGUACCACAAGUAGCACUACUACUACGACCACUACUAGUAGUACCACUACGAGCAGUAGCAGCACUACAAGUAGCAGUACGACGAGUAGUAGCAGUACUUCAAGUAGUACUACCACGAGCAGCAGCAGUACUUCAAGUAGCACUACUACUACCACCAGUAGUACUACUACCACCACAAGUACUACAACAAGUAGCAGCAGUACCUCAAGCAGCACUACUAUCACGACCACCACUAGCAGUACCACUACAAGCAGCAGUAGUACCUCAAGUAGCACCACUACAAGUAGCAGCAGUACUUCAAGUACAACUACUACUACCACUACCACUACCACUAGCAGUACUUCAAGUAGUAGUACUACCACGACCACUACUACCAGUACUACUACGAGUAGCAGCAGUAGUACCACAAGUAGUACUGCUGUGA